UGUCUGAUAAAGCACUGCAUAGUUCAGUUUAAAGCGUUUGAAAUCCGGGUUGUCGACCAAAUGGAUAGCAGAUAGGUCUCGGCGUUAUCAAAUGAAAGCAUCUAUACUUUAGUUCUUCUUAUAGUUGCAAAAGCAAAGGUCGCGCAAUGAUAUUUCGUUUCAACCUCCCCGUCUUGGACAAGAUGUGCUUCCUGAAAAAAAUAUUUUGUUUCUCGAUGGUGGUGUGCACAGUUCAGGGUCUGCAGCUUGACAACCAGGCUUCCACCAGGCGCCCUCGCGUCACGAAGUACAGCAAGACUACGUUAGCACCUGGUGGAUCUACGGAGUCGUCAACAGAGAGGAGUUUAUUGACAGCCACUUACCGUCUCCAGGGUAGUGGGGGGGAAACCUGCAUCCUGCUGAUAGUCGACGCCCUGUUAGACAUAUCGUACAUGACCAAACUCAAUGAACGCGCGGAUGCAAAUACAUUUGUACCAAACAAUGCUAACGUUGGUGGCACUUGUAAGGAAGGCGACGUGGAGUCACUAGUGCUGUCCUUUAAAGAAUUUGCUUUGGAAUGGACAUUCGCAAAGACACCUGGCGGAGAAAGAUGGUAUGUGGAUAGCAUACGAUUGACGUAUAAUUCGAGCGCAAGAAUCCUUGAACACGCAGCCAAACAGGGCAGAAGAGUCAGCCUCACCACUGGUCCCAGGGCAUUACUCUUUCCUACUCCAGUUGGCAAAUCUUUCGACUGCCCUGAUGAAUCUAUUGUUGAGCUGUUAGAAGAAGAUGCUAGCAACCCAAAUACAGCUCACCGUGCCAAGCUAUACCUCCGUCAGAUGCGCCUUCAACCCUUCAUGUUCAGACGUGAUGGUCUUUUCGGCCCAUCGUGGAAAUGUUCCGACGCGAAUCGUUCACGGUCCGAAACGGCUCCGGUCGCGGUCGGUUCGGCGUUGGCAAUCGCAACAGCAGGCACACUCAUCGGUUAUGCCAUCUGGAGGUAUUUGAAGGUGAAAAAGGUACAAUACGACACCAUGGAGUGAAGGGGUUAAUGCGUUCUGAACUUUAUUGGGUUAAGUUACAUUUUAUAUUUGAUUUGAUCUAUGUAGGAUAGACAGACCGUUGCUAUCGAAACUACUCCUUAAAAGGACUCUAUGGGUUAGAAUAUAUAAGCGUAUAGAAUAUAGAUGACCUGAUGAAAGCGUGACCAAUUUUGAUUUGUCAAUAUGCUUUCUAAUAGUUCUAUAUUCAAAAUACUAACGAUCUAAUUUCAAGUAUGGCUGGCUGUUUAUGACUUGUCAAUCAAAAUCGGUUACAGUGACAAAAGACACGCCUUUCUUUUCUAUCUUGCUGUAUCUCCAUUACAGAUGUUUGUGUCUUGCAUACUUUGUUCGUCUAUACUCUAUAGGCUACUAUAUUGUAAGUCUAUGUUUUAACCCUGAGUUGUGCUAGUUUUUGAUAGUUAGAUAGAAGUUACAUUGUCAGAUAUCAAGAUUGAACUAAUACAGAGGCAGUAACAAUUAUUAUUACCAGAAUUGAAAAUGGAACAGCUUACUAUAAUAUAAGAAUAUAAUGUGGCUAAUCGAAUUUAGUAUCUAUACGUUUGUUGAUUAUGAAGUAACGCACUUAGUAGAUACCUACUACUCAGCUCCGUGUUCAUGUUAUGUCAGGACGAAAUUCUCCUUGAUAUCCUUUCAUUUUGGUAUAUACCUCAAACUACUAUACCAAAAAUACCAGUCUUAGAGCAAUGUCGUUUUAUACAUUAUCGGCCUUACAAAUAAACUUGGUAUAAAGUUAUAACUAAUGAUAAACAAAGAAAAUACAAAAUGUUUACAAUAUCGUUGACAACACUGUCAAUGAUAAUUCUGAAGUUUUUCAAAUGACAAGCUGCCUUGCAAAUAAACGCGGGAAACGUUAUACGACCGAGCAAACCAUUCGUAAGCAAAAUGUCUAUUUGUAAACAUUUUACAUAUUCUUGGUUUAUGCUUAGUUAUAAUAUUAUGCCAAUUUUAUCUGUAAGGCCGUAUGUAUCAAAUAAUUGCACCAACUUCUGCCUUCCAAACCAUAAGGCUUAAGACCAGCCUGGCGAAACUCUCUAAGAAAUAGCGAUUCACUCGCCUGCAUGAAACUUGCAGUCAUUGACAGAUUGAUAAAUAACGGCUAUAAUCUCGUAAAAAUGGAAGAUAGCCGAAAACCACUACGUUUUAAGGCAACUGUUCGCUUUCAAACUUAGCCGGAUUAUACUUGUGGCCAAUCGCCAUACUGCUAUUACUACUAUUUCAAACUUAUGUCAGAUGACGUUUCAUACUAAACUAAAUUUCAAUUUUUACUUAGGCAGUCCCUCUUAUAAUCACGUAGCGUAUAAAGUAUUUACAUCCUCUUUGCUGUGAAAGAUGAAGCUAAUGAGUGGUCAAUACAUGACUUUAAGGCUACCAAAGUACCAAGCUAGAAAAAAAGAAACGGGUAUGGGCAACGGUGUUGCUAUGUUUAUUUUCGAUCCCGAUAAAAGGUUACUUACUAUCCAUGGUCACGACUGAGGUACUCUUUUGGUUGUUCCAUUUUCUCUGUCUGCGUUCAUGUCUAUGUUCAUAACUAGGUUUAUGUAUUAAAAAUGUUAAUAUUACCUCGUCUUUAAAAUCUCUAAACUUCAAAUCAUCAUCAGUAAAUGACCUUGUUUCGCUGUGUUAUGGUAACCUCUUUAUGUCCGGAGACAUAAACUUUACAGGUAAUAAAAAAAGAGUUAUUUAGAACAGAAAUGUAGAUAAGUAAGAGGUUUUCGUUUAACUCCUUAAAUAACUUUAAUAGUACGUUAAUUAAUUUCAUACCUGCGGCGUCAAUAUAAAAAGCGCGUUUUUAAAUUUGUAUCGCAACAAAAAUAUAUUUUUUUAACACACGUGUUAUUCAUACUACAGCGACGCGUGGGUUAAGAAUGUCUUAUAAUAUCUUAUCGCUUAUAUUUAAAAGUCUUUUAUUCACUACCAAUAACACUAGUACCAAGUCACUAUCAAAUUGAAUCUUUAUUAUCAUUUAACAUUUACAAUGACAAUUUUUGUGACAUUCAAUAACAAAAUUGCUAGUCUCCAGUAACUGUUUUUACUUGACGGAAUAUAUUUAUUGCUGUUAACAAAUAGGAAAUAUAUAGUCUUUUCAGUCAUUCAUAUUUUCUACAAUUUUUAUUACUUUUAAUUACGUUGUAAUAAUUAAUUCCACAAAAAACAAACGAAGGCGAAAGAAAGGUAAUAACCGAUGAAGAGAGCGUGUGUGUACGGUGAGUAAAUUAAAAGGGAGAUUUUUGCUGGUGUUUUUUGUCUUUAUAAGGUAGAAAUAAAAAUUUCGUUCAGGAUGCAUACAUACUAUUAAUUAAAGAAAAUAGCUUGAAAUAGCUUACGGCGAUUAUUUUUAAAAGCCAAUUUCAAAGAUUAAAAUAUAUCAGCAUUAGAAAUAUGAUGUCUAAAAGCGAAUGUAUUUUUAAUAUUGGUUAAAAAUUGGCUUUUAAAUAUUAAAGUUGAAUUAAUGUGUAUAGUGAGUUACAUAAUAUUUUGAAGACGGUCAUAAGCUUUUGACGCAGACUGUACUUCUAGUGUUGUAGAUAUAGUUAUCGAUGAACAUAUCUCAGAAUAAUAAUACAUAUAACGAUAGUCCAAUACCAGACGCCAAUACAUGGAAUCUUGAGCAUGUAUCGUAAGUUUUACCUAGGCUAGGGAUAAAGUUAAAUACGUUUAUGAAUUUUUUUUUGAUACAAAUAAGAAAAGGUUCCAAUUACAUCUUGUACAUCGCUCGCAUAGUGAGAGACAAGAUAUACAAGAAGCCUUAACAAAUUCGCUUAAAAGCGCUUAAGGCUCAACGUUUUUCCGUAAUCACAUCUACUAUAGAAACAACAAGUUAAAGUUUUUCAUAUUUUUUUAUAAUAAUUUGCAUUAAGAUGGCACGGCGAUGAUAUCAAUCAUAGAACUAGUGAAAAUGCACAAAGUUCUCUUAGGGACGUGGUGCGGGUUUUUAGCAAGAACAAGGAGAUGUUGACCUUCGAAUGUUUGUCGAAUUUGUGUCCAACAAGUUCAAUAUUCAUUUGGCGGAGUUAAAUGUGUUAUUAUUGCAUGAGAUAUAGAUAAUUGUUAAACUGUUAUAUGGGUCUAAGAUUUGAAGCUAUUAGAUCAUCUAAUGGUGGUGAUUAUUUAAAAUUGUUGAAAGUUGUUUGUGUACAAGUAUUUAAUCCCUAUAUUCGAAAUCGAUAGCUAUAUAUUAUCGAAUGUUGAAAAGAGUUGCAGGCAUAUUACUAGAUGAAAAAUAUGAGUAUUAAGUGAACGAAACCAGUCUAAAUACUUAUAUUAAAUUGUAUUAAUAUAUGAUAAUACUUUAAUUCAAGGCCUCAGUAAACUCGCCUUUUAUGUAAGUAAAAGCUAUUUUUGUUUUUUGUCAAUAUAAUGAUACUCAACGAUGGUGUUAUGUAUAAAAUAUAGUAUUAAGACAUGUUUAAUCUUAUAUUUUAAUACGACGUUGAAUUGAAAUCUAGUAAUAUGACUGAAUUUAACAAAAUACGUGCCUAGGAUAAGGAAUAUUUAUAUUGCUAUUUCGAACCGUAAAUUAUAAUAUCCUACUUUCAAUAAAAGCACAAAAUAGUACAAAUGUUUUGAGUUGCAUUAAGAAAACGAAAGUAGAUCAAUUUCUAUUUGCUUGCAAUUUUAACGAUUAUUUUAUAAAUUCAUACAUGUAUGACCACUCCAAUAUCCCGAUAGAACUAUGUUUUUAAUUAUAAAAAUUUUGAAUUCUUUGCAUUCUUGUAAGUAAGCUAAUGUAUAUUAUAGAAUGUUGUAACUCAGUUAUCUCAGAUUGUUAAUUAUACUAUAAGAUAGUACUCCAAAAAUUAUAAUGUCUAAUAGUAUUAUAUAUUCAGCGUUAGCUAUGACUCCAAAUACAAUAGUUUUAAUGAAUUUCCAUUUUUAGAACAAAUUUGCUCUCUUAUUAUUAUAAAUUUUAGCAGCAUUGCAAAACAUAAUAUAUAUAUAUGCUUCAGAAUCGAUAUGAAUGAAGAAUGGUUUCUGGAGCUUUAUACAAUAAUCAUUGUAAUAUUUCUGUUUACAAAUUGUAUACAUAUCAAGUGAUAAUAAUAUAUAUUUGAGAGGCAUAGUUAUAGUUCUGUACGUAUAAAUAUAAUUUAUUUUAUAAAUUGUUUGCGGUGUAGAUAACAAUGAUGAUAUUACGUGUAUAAGCAAUAAAAUCUCGUUGAACGCCGUCAGUAUGACAGAGUGGCAUUCGGUGUUGUAUUGUGUGCAAAACUUGGCUUCACUUAAUCACUAGUGUAUAAUAAUUAUGUUAAGAAUAUGCGGUUCAAACUGUUUUAGCAAGAUUGUAUACUUGUUAUAUUACUUCUAUACUAAGUUAUGAGUAAGUCUCAGUAUUCUUAAUACUUAGUAGAUAAAUAUGUUGUCAAAAUAAUUAUUAAUCGAUAGUUUGUAUCGAUAUUAAAGUGUACAGCACUAUUCAGCUAGGGGUAUUUUUUUUAAUCCUAGUAUUAAAUGAUUUUUUCUCUUUCAUAUUUAUUAUAUAAACUUUAGUUUUAGGAUUUGACGCUUAGUAUUAUAUUAUAUUGAUUUAAUAGUAGGAGUCUGUGUUUUCCUAUGUUAUUGAAGUAUUUAAUCUGUAGUGUUAAUUAUUUAUCCAAAAUUAGGAAGGUAAUCAUUGAACGUGGUUGUUAAUCCUUGACACACGAAAUGUUUGAACUAUUUAAAUGAGAAGUGAACAGAACUUAAGUUUUAUUUGCAAACGACAAAGACUGUGAUCUCUGUCAUUUGCAAAAAAGGAUGUGGGAUAAUCCUAAGAUAUUAUUCCUAGAUGGUAAUGUUAUUCGCUUAUGUGUAAGUUUUUUAUAUGUUUCAUUGAAAGUGGUUGGAUAUACCUAUAUUAUAUCCUAAAAUUUCUUAUUAUGAUAUAAAAUUUAAGUGUCACAUAACUCGAUUUAGUUCACUUCAACUUGUUGUUUCAAAAGUGGCUUUAUUUAAAAAAAAUAUCUUUGACGUUAUUGACUCAAGCCUAUUUAUUAUUUCUUACAACAUUCAUUAUAUAAUCAGUAUCUAAAGGUUUUUUAGUAGCCGUAAAAGUUUGUGAUUUUGAUAAUUUACAAUACUUUCUUGAUGUAGGAAAUAUUUUAUAAAAUUAUGAACACUAAUCAAUUUUGAUACUUUAAAUGAUAUUCGUGAGGCACUUGGACCCAAGUUUUGCUAGUUAAGGUGCGGUGUAAUGCAAAAGUUGUGAGGGCUAUUUAUGUAUUAUCAAAUUAACAUAUCGUUUAUACAAACAUGUUGUAUGCUUAUAUUAUGGUUGAUGAUAAGUAAUUAGAUAGUUAGGUAGUUUAUUAUUAGUAUAAUAGAAGUUAAACCAUUUGCUGUUUACAUUACUUAUUCAAACUUUGCAUAAUUGGUUAAGAGGUACAUGAAAUGACUUGACGAAGUUUAAAAUAAACAGUAAUAUUAAGAUUGCCUAUGCACAAUUAAUAUUUUUAAAAAUAACUUGUUUAUCGUUUAAGGACUUGAAAUCAGGACAAAAAUAUUACUUGUAUUCUCAUCCUUCUGCACUUUGAAAAUUUAGACUACCUAAUUCUUGUUUACGGUUUAAUUCAUACAAAAUAGUAGUAAACGUAUUUAAGUAAAAUAGUUACUAUUAUAUAAUUUUUGUAGGUAGUAAGUUACGUUGUAGUUUGUCUUUAUUGCAUGUCGCUGUAAAAAAUUCUUGCUUUUUGUGUAAUUUGAAAAUUUUGAUACUUGUCUUUCUAUUUGUCACAUGUCACUUUUUGUAUAUUCUUGCACUAUACUUUUUUAAAUCUGAUGUCUUAUUCUCAUUUCUACUUUAAAUACUUUUGACUUGCAAAUAUGUUUUUAAUAGAUGAAGAAUAAUUUGAUCGUUUCUAUUAGCUGUAUUUUAUCGUACUCAAUUUGAAAUGAAUGAACAUGAUUGCUAUUUUUUACUCAAUGCCUAGUGUCGUCAUUAUAUAUCGUAGAUAUCACAUAAUAUGUUUAAAGUACGUAUUAUCUUAUUUUUCAUAUUAUUUUGGAAAAAAGUAGCUAAACGUUGAAUUUCUCGCCGAUUCAUCUCAUCAUAAGCAACUGUAAGAACCGGUGGUAGUGUUAAAACUAUAAUUAAAUAAUCAACAGUGUUUUCUUAGAACUUAUUUGAAAAAAAUAUUCUAUUUGACUAUAUGCCACGUUCCAUUACACUACGUUAUUUAAAAUAAUAUUUAUGCAUAACUAAAUACAUAGUUUUUAAUAAACUGCUUUCAACUUCAUCUAUUGAAAACAUAUUUGUAUAAUUUAUACAUAUUAUUACUUCUGCGAAAUAUUUCUGAAAUGUUUAUUAGAUGAGAUGUCUAUUUUCCUAAUUGUAUUGAAUUCCCGUAGCCCCAUUUAGGUUUGUAGCGUUGGUGUCGGUGCAUUUAAAUUAAAUUAAAUUAUAUUAAAAUAUUGUAUUAUGCCAUACGAUUUGUCUUCCAGUAACAUUGAUCUAAUAACAAUAGCGUUAAAAUAUUGUAGCUUGUAUUCAUUUUAUAUGUUACAACUAAGAGCAGGCUAUAUUUAAUAUGGUGUGAUAGUCUUCAUUUAGAAGAUGAACUUUUAUAAGUAUCAAAAUCGUCAAUUAUAGAAUUACAACUUUAAAGUAUCAUUUAAUUUUCAAAAAGGUUUCGCUGUAAUUUUAUUAUUUUAUCAAAAAAAAAUGCAAUGAUUGAAUUGUUCCAGGCUCCUUAAAGCAUUAAGAUUGAGCAUUAUAUUCACGUAUUAUUGGAAUAAUCCCAAAUAUUUGGUCCCAUAUAGAAAAUGCUGAGGCAUUAAUAUACUGAGGUACCUACAGAGAAAUAAUAUUUGUAAUCAAAGUACACAUAUUUACGUUUUUUAAUGUUACAUAGCUUACAAAAAUUCGCUUGUGCUUUUAGAUGUAACAUAUACUAUUAUUAAUAUAUUAUGAUAUUAAUGGGUGGUGAUGUUAUGAAUAAUGAAUCUCUGAAGUUAACGUUGUUGAAAGCUACGCAGUUACACGAUUCAUAAUAAUUACCUACUCAAUAUUUUAUAAGUGACAUUAUAUCUCAAAAUUAUCGUAACAUAAGCGGGUACAUUUAUUGAACUAUCUUUAUGAAUAAAUGCCGUCAAAUGAA